AUGGCGAUCCAAUACCUCAUUCUCCUGUCCCGUCAGGGCAAAGUGCGCCUCGCCAAGUGGUUCACAACACUCUCCCCCAAGGACAAGGCCAAGAUCGUCAAGGACGUGUCGCAGCUCGUGCUCGCCCGUAGGACGCGGAUGUGCAACUUUCUGGAGUACAAGGACACCAAGAUCGUCUACCGCCGAUAUGCCUCGCUCUUCUUCAUUGCGGGAUGCUCCUCGGAGGACAAUGAGUUGAUCACCCUCGAAAUCAUCCACCGAUACGUCGAGCAGAUGGACAAGUACUAUGGCAACGUUUGCGAGCUCGAUAUCAUCUUCUCCUUCACCAAGGCAUACUACAUCCUCGACGAACUCCUCCUCGCCGGCGAGCUGCAGGAGAGCAGCAAGAAGAACGUACUCCGCUGCAUCGGCCAGCAAGACUCUCUUGAGGACAUGGAGGUUGAGGACGAAGUUACAAAGAUCAUGUAG